AUGGCGCCAAAUGAAUACGCAAGAAACCUCGAGACCAAGCAGGGUCUCAAUAUUGAGACUGCCGCCAAUAGCCCUGUCAUGUCGGCCGCACUGACGCACUUUGUCUUCAGCAGCCUUAGCGACGCUGAGCGCUGGUCGGGUGGCAAGUAUGCCUGGAACUUCCAUUUCGAGGGCAAGGCAGACGUACCGAAGCACAUCAAGAACAAGAUACCCGACUUGGCGGCCAAGAUGAGCACCGUGCAGGUGGGAAUAUACGCCAGCAACUGGAAGGGGGGCAUGGAGCGGCCGCAGAAGCAGGAGGACGGCUCUUUUGUCGUCCAAAUCCCAGACGUGGCCGAAAAAAAACUCCCAUGGUUCUUUGUACAGCCUGAUACUGGAGUUUACGUCAAGGCGCUGCUAGAAAACGAGCCAGGCAAACACGUUCUCGCCUUUUCCGAAAUGACCACUUGGCGUGAGUUCUGGGAGCUCUGGUCGAGCAUGCGCGGCGUCAAGGUCCAGGUCCAAGUGGUCAGCGUUGAGAGUUUUUCCAGCCCCUGCCAGAGAUUCUCAGGAGGGAUUUCGAGAAGUCACUGA